CACUGUGACAUUGUCAAAUUCUUUGAAAAGAAAGCCAAAAUAUUUUCAACAUUGAUUAUAAUCAAUUUUAAUAUUUUUUAUGACGUGUUCUAUGCUAUGAUUUAAAUUAAGGAUAUCAGAGGUUGGACUACAAAAGUACUGCACAUAAGAUUCUAACAUCCAAGAUGUACGCGGUAGAGAAGAAAUUCGAAAUAGAAAUGAAGUUACGAAAGGAAAUGACAAACAUACAAGAGUUGAAAGCAGCUGCUAAGCGCAGCUCAACUCUUGCCAAUGAUGUGUGCAACGUCCUGGGAGCCUGUGAACAGAGGCUGCAGCAGCUGGAGACUGCUGUACUGCCUCUGUAUGGAGACACUGCUAGACUGCAGCAUAUACAUCAAAACAUGGAGCGCACAGUCCGUUCCCUGGACCAUGUGAUUAACUACUACAUGGUGUCCAGAGAGCUGGCAGACCUCAUACAGGCUGGACCUCACACAAGCACCACUGAGUCUCUCAAUGUUUAUCUUGAGGCUCUCGACAAACUGGCUGAUGCACAAGGAUAUUUCAACAAGAACAAUCCACAGAGUGUUGAAUUAGAAAACAUUAAUCAGCUAUACAAUACUGGUGUCUCCAAGUUGGAGAAUGCCUUUGAAGACCUGUUGAACCGCAACACCAGGCCUCUGUCACCCACAACCCUCAUGGACAUGAUACAACUGGAGGAAGACUCGAGCGUAGACAGCGUGUCAGUAAGCACAAGCGGCAGUACAUCAGCCGCAGCACUAGAGAGUAUGCGGGCAGCCGCCGCCUGGCUGAGCGCGGCCGGCGUGGCGCCCGCCGACCAGCUGCUCGCCAUCCGGGCACCCGCUGCUAAGAGCUCUCUCGUGGCGUUCAAGGAUUACCUGAAGUCUAGGUCUAUGGCUGCGUCGCCGCUUAUGAGAGCCAAAAACCACUUGCAUCGCACAGACAGCACCCAGAGAAGAACAAGUAGGCUACAAAAAGUUAUUGAGAAACGCGCGAACAAGAUAAUGAUGAAGGCCUCCCAGACUUUGGAACAAACUACUGGAUUCGCUGUAGGACCAAGGAAGUCCAUUUGUGAAGCUUACACAGAGGACAGUAGCGAAGCCCUAGACGAGUGGGAGGCGGAGAUAGCGGGCACGGUGGCCGGCGCCGUCUGCCGGCUGGCGCGGCACGAGCAGCGACAUCUGCUGGGGCUGGUGCCGCUGCCGAGGCUGCCCCCACUGCUGGGGGCCGUGUUGAAGGACUGCUUCACUAUAUUGGCUGCUGAUGUUGAGCGCGCGUGUAUGCGGUCCCGGCGGGCGGCGUCGCGCUGCGGCGGCGCGGCGGGCUGCUGGGCGGUGCUGGCGCGGCUGCAGCGCCUGCAGCCCGAGCUGGAGCGAGCCCUGGCGCCCGCCUCGCCGCAGCCCUACGCCGCCGUGCUGCACGCCUGCCAGGCUCACUGCAUAAAGUCCCUGGAGGAGUGGGUGGAGGGCGUCCGGGGUGACGCGGCGGCGGGCCCGGUGGACGGCACGGUGCACCAGCUCGCCGCCGCCGCGCUCGCGCACUGCCAGGCACUCGCCUCACAUGCUAAUACUAUCGGACCAGCGCUGGCUACAGAGCCGUCCUACAACCGCGCAGUGAGCCAGCUGUCCGGCGUGCAUGACAGGAACGCCGCCAUGUUGGCUAUUUAUAUGCGUAAAGUACUGGCUCAACUAAACUUCGCGCUAAGGAACAAAAGUGAACAGUAUCCAGACGCGUUGAAAGCUAUAUUCCUGUUGAACAAUACUUUAUACUUACUACAGGGUCUCCAACGCAGUGGUCUUUUAGACGUGUUGAUGCUUGCUGAGCCGGAAUGCGAAGCGAACUACAGGGAUAUGAUUCAGGAACACAAGAAUGCAUACUUACAGAGUUGGAACAAGCUAUUAGCACAUACGGUGUUGGAUGAACCUCUGCCUGCGAAGUUACGUGACAAGGACCGGCAGAUGCUCAAGGAUAAGUUCUCUUCGUUCAACCGCGAGUGGGAGGAGAUCUCGCGUCUGCAGCGCGGGUACAGCGUGCCCGACGCCGAGCUCCGCGAGGCUCUGAAGCGCGACAACAAGCAGGCGCUGCUGCCGCGAUACUCCGCGCUGUACGACCGCGCUGUUGCCGCGCCUUUCAGCAAGAACCCUGAUAAAUACGUCAAGUAUACUCCUGUGCAGAUCGCUGCACAACUGGACGGCUACUUUGACGAAGCUGCUUAAAGCAUAUUAUUAUAGAAGCAGUAUUAGGGAAGAAUAUACUAGGAAAAGAUGUAAUACAUUAUUUAUUUAAUCACUAGAUUUAUAGUAAAAUGAUUAUAUAAACACGCAAUAAUAAAUUAUUAUCAAUUAA